AUGGCUUCCAACACUCACUCCGUCAUUUCGCCUGCGAUCCUCUACUGGGGAACUCCAGUCGUCUUGAUUACUAGUCAGAACGAAGAUGGCACUUCCAACAUUGCUCCAAUGAGCUCGGCAUUCUGGCUGGGACACUCAUGCGUGCUGGGUCUUGAUGCAACAUCCAAGACGACAGAGAACUUGCUGCGCACAAAAGAGUGCGUCCUCAAUCUUCCAAGCGACACAAUGGUAGCAGCCGUCAACGAACUCGCCGGUACGACCGGAUCAAACCCUGUCUCAGCUUCCAAAGCAUCGCGAGACUACAAGUUUGUCAAGGACAAGUGGACCAAGGCCCAGCUAAGCCCGCAGCCGUCCGACUUUGUGCAGCCCUCGCGCAUCGCCGAGUGUCCCGUGCAGAUGGAAUGUCAAUUCUUACAGGUCACCAAUCUGCGACCAGACCUGCCCGACCGCUGUGGCCUUGUACUAGCCAUCGAAGUCAGAGUGCUCCGUAUCCACAUUGAUGACGAGCUUCGCAUGGAAGGAUAUGCAAAUCGGGUCGAUCCUGACAAAUGGCACCCGCUCAUUAUGAGCUUUCAGGAAUUCUACGGCCUCAAGGAGUGCCAAGGUUGGACCCACGGCUCCAGAAAGAAGACUAUUGCAUUGAAUUUGGAUGGUCCGUGGAAAAAGAGGGAAGAAGAAAAACAAACUGACCCUUCACUAGGCUUGGUUGUAUCCCAGAAGAGAAAUAUAGAGGACUCACGAAAAGCGACAUUACAAGGUUGCCAGGAGAUGACGAUGAUGCAUUGA